AUAUGAUGACCUGACCACUCUUGCCAAAUCAAUGCGCAUCCUUUCCUCCAAAUUUCAAGAUGGCUACUUCUUUUGCGGGAUAGUGAAUGGUGAAGAACGAUUUUGUUUUGAGCCAAAUUCUGCAAAAGCAAGGGAAUAAUUUACAUUUCAUUUGAACGGAAUCUUGUGUUGCAGACCAUGGCCACAGGUGGAGCUACCAUGUUAAAAGGUGUGGCUUCAGAGCCACGGGUACGACCGUCUGGGUCCAGGGUCAAGCGUCCCCUUGGCGGAGUUGAUGACAACUUCCGCUUCAACUGGAUUGGUGACAAGGAUGAGGACAGACCCAAUAACUAUUGGGACUGGAGGCCAAGCUCCACAUUUGCCGAGCCACCUCUGGAGAGAAGAGCAGCAGCUGCGGCACCGGCCUCAGGGAAGAAGUCCAAGACCAAGAACAAGGAUCGUGAGAAGACAACUGCCCCGGCCGCCACUCCCCCGGAGCCUGCAUUGGCCUCGCCUCCGAGCAGGGAGCCAAGACGCCACCUCACCCCAGCUACCUACCCCCGCACCCGCAAUGUGGGCAGCGCCCGGGAGAGGUUGGAGCUGGAGCAGCUGAAACGGGAACUGACGUACAGUGACAUGGAGGAGCAGCGGAGCACAGAGGGCCAAGCUGUUGCAGCCAACAAUGCACGUCGGGACGUCAAGUUGCAGACCAAGAGAGCCCCUGGGCCAGUGAACCACGCAGACGAGAUGCCACUGCUGAGUGGUGCCAAUCGGCAGAAGACACCGUCUGGCAACGAGUCAGGCAACGUCAAUGAAAUGCCGGAUAGAAACCUAAUUGUAGCAAGACUUAUGCAAAUUAGGGACUACAUGAAACAGGCCGCCUCCAUGUUGGCCAACCUUAAUGUGGCUCCGGCCGGCUCGGAUGAACAGGCGGCCAAGCUGGUGCAGCUGCAGGCCCACCUGCAGGAGCAGGAGCGGGCCUACCUAGCCUUGCUGGAGCGCAUGCUGUCAGACGAGGCGGCCGGCCGCAGCAGCCAUAACUCCAACGAGUCACAGUCCACCUCCAUCGCCGAGAGCACAUCCAUCAACAUAGACGCCCAGUCGGACAUCUCAGAUGCCACCACGGAGGGAACAUUUACUGCACGCACAAGACCAAAGAUAGAAAGCCAGCUAGGAAACUACCCCUCGGACGUUGAGUAUGCCAGUGGGUCGGAAGCUUCUGUCGGUCACAGGGAUGAUGAUGCCUCCUCCAUCAGCAGCCGGAACUCUGAGCUUGCCUCGGCGCUCGGAACGAUGGAACUGCAUGAGCAGUUCAGCGCCAUGCUCCGGAAGUACGAGGAGCAAGGCGAGCAGGAUGAGGUGCCCGUUGCCAGGGAGACAGUUGCCGAGAGACGGGCCAGUGUCGAGGAUGAGGAGGAACUGGCAUCGGCCAUGUCCACCCUCACCGCUCACUCGGCAGAGCCAGUGGAGGGCAAUGUGGACAUCAAGACACGCUUGGAGGAGCUGGAAGGCCUCCGCCAGCAGCACGAUCUCCUCAAGAAGAUGUUACAGCAACAGGAAGAGCUUCGUGCGUUACAGAAUCGACAGAACGCGCUGAUGAAAUUACAGCAGGACAUUGAAGGGAGACUGAGACAGUCGGAAGACCAGAACGCAGACACAACGUCCCAGAGCACCUUGGAUGUGAGUGUACAGUCCGAGCCAACCGAGGAGCAACUCCCCGGCCCCCGGCUGGCCGCCUCCGACUACAGCCGGGGAGGUGGCGUCCCAGACCUGAGCGAGCGGCGCCGGGAGCUGCUCAAGAAGAUCCUGUCAGAGGAUGCAGCCCGCCGUGCCCCCGAGAUGCAACGGGCCCGGAUGCUGGACAGGCUAGAAAUGGCCGAGAGAGAACAGAAUGAAAUGGCAGCUAUGAACUCGGAGCACGAGGACCUGCUGAGCACGCUGCAUGCCUUGCAGCAGAAGAAGAACCACAUGGACGAGUUACUGAGGCAGCUGCAGGAACUCAGACCCAGCAUACCCGGGGCAGCUGACACCGACUCUGCAGUGAGCGGAGCGUCCUCUAGCCACCUCCUGCAGCCAGCCGAGCUACAGCAAGGGGAGGAAGUCAAGGAGGCCCAGCUGGUGGGAUCAUCUGACGAGAAUGAAGCCAUGGACAAGCUCAGACGGCUGCAAGAGGUGCGUCAGCGUUUGGAUGACCUGCGGGACCUGGUCCAGCAGUAUCAGAGCUUCGACGGGGCCAGUGGUCCCCUGCCCGGAGUGGAUGAGACGGGCGACGCUAGGAAGGCCUCCUCCUCGGUCAACUACGAGGACCCCGAGCUGAUGACCAACCUCAGACGGCUAGAGAGAGGGGAGCCCGUGGGACGAUUCCAGUUGAACCAAGCCAUGCAGGAACAGCUGGACACCACGGAGGACGGCACCUCCACCCAGCAGUCGGAGGAUGACUCCCAGCAGGUGACUACCGACACGGAGAGCAACCAGAGCUUACUGUUCGCCUGGGGACACGACCCAGAGAUCAGGGGCAAGAUCAAGAAACUCCAAGCUGCCAAGAGGAAGCUGAGGGAGCUGCAGGAGCUGGUGGCCCUGGUGCAGCAGCGGCCCGAGACAGCCGUCAGCCUGCCGGAGGAGCUGGCUGCACUGGCCGCCAGCCUGCAGGAAGACGCCGAUGCAGCCAAUGACCAGAAUGAGGACGACGAAGAGGAGGAAGGCGGAGAUGAAGAAGAGGAAGGGGAGGAGGAGUCCAAUCAGACGACGUCUGAAAUGAGCGAGGAGGUGCCCCAAGUCAGCCAAGAGACCAGGGAGGCGUACUUUGAGGCCAAGAUGCAGCAGCAGCGACGGGAGCUGGACAAACUGCAGGAGGAACGGCAUCGACUCCUGGCCGUCCAGCAGCAGCUCAGGGACCUGAACAGGCAGCUGCCCAGAUCUCAACAGGCUUUGAAAUCAACAAACACCACGAGGCAGAAUCCCUCUGUACUAGCAUCACUGAGACAGCAGGCUGAGACUAGCGUGGAAGACGAUUCCUCACCGAGCCACCAGACGCUGAUCGCGGAGAAGCUGAGGCACCGUCGACUGCAGACGGAGCUCAAGCUGAAGCAGCAGGAGCUGGCUGCCCUGAUGGACCGAGUCAAGCGCAACAACACGGGUGACAUGAAUUCCGACAGCGGUUCAGCCCAAGGGGACAGCAAUGAUAAUGACCUCUUCCGAGUGAGCAUGCGCAGCGCUGAUGUGACAGCUGCUGCAUCCUGGGGAGGCUCCACCCAGCAGAGUGAAGAUGAUGAAGAUGAUGCGUAUCCUAGCGACGGCAUCCAACAGGUAGAGGAGGAGGAAGAACGGGAGCAGAGUCUUGCAGGUACGUCCAGCACCUAUACCAUUGAUAAUGCCUACCACCGGCCAUUGCCGAGACCCAACUCCUUCCCCGGCCAGACGAUUGGGAACAGCGACCAGGCGGAGCUGGAGGCACUCCAUGGCAUCCGCUACCCCAAGUGGGUGUCAGACCCCAGGCUGAGGGCCAGCUUGGCAGCGGCCAAGCGCCAACAGAACCUGCGCGCUGCUGAGGAGCUGAUGGCUGAAGACGGCAGCAGGUCGUCGGCCCUCGGCGCCAGUCUCCUGGACACCUCCCCGGACCGCGGCUUCUACCACUGGCAGAUCCAGCAGCUCCAGCAGCAGCUGCAGAACAGUAUCGGCCUGUGCCAGUCCAUGCUGCGCGACCAGCAGUGCAUGAACAACAUGCUGCAGAGCUCCAUGUCGGGCGGUUUUGGAGGGAUGCCCUUGUCGGCCCACACCCCUACCUUUGGCUCCGCCACCCCGACCCCUACCAACAGCGACCCCCGCUUGGCCAACCUGAUGAAUGACUACAACAUGCGGCUGCAGCACCAGCAGCUGCAGCUGAACAUGAACUACGCCUACAACCAGCUGUACCAGCAGCAGCAGGAACUGCAGCGCUUACAGACGGCUGAAGGAACCAAUCCUGGCAGCAGGCCGCUUGGUUUUGAGGGAACCGGGGAUGCCAACAUUAACAACAACAGGAUGAACGGCCUGACUGGUUAUGAAACAAGUACCUUCACCCCGUUCGCCAGCACUUCCCCGUAUGGUGCAGGACUCUACCAACCUGGAGGUUUCCUUCCUUCCGACCCCCUGGACUACACCUCCCCCUACGGCCAGCCAUCACUCGAUUCUGCCUCCCGCCGGCGACAGCGCGACUACGAUGCCUACGCCCGCCACCGGCAGGAGCAGGACGCCCUUCAGCGGGACUACCACGUGCCGCCCAACACUGCUCAGGGCAGCGUGGACCAGUUUGACAUGAGCCGCGAUGCCAACCCCGGCGCCGACUACAGCCGGUUGUCGUACGUGUACACGGAGCGUGCCCCGGAGCCCAGCGCCGGUGACCAAGCCACCAGGCAGGCUCAGCCGUUCGUGCCUCCCCUGGACAUACAGAGUCUUCUGGAAAGAUCUGAGAAGCGAAGGCAGAUGGCUCAGCAGGGCAGUACUAAUCCAACCAGCAAGAAAUCAAACUUACAGGCCAGCGGAGCCAAGCCCAAGGUCUCGGCCGGGGCAGGCAGGCCCAGUUCGGACACCCGGCGUGGGCCCCGGCCUGGCCUGAGCAGCUCCCUGAGUGGCACGGCCUUCCUGGACGUGGCCAGCAUGGCCAGCAGCACCAUGUCCAUGUCCAGCAUGCCUGGGGACGUGGAGCGACAGACCAGGCUGCCCGACACCCAGCGCUCCCUCCUGUCCACCAGCGAGAUGGAGUCAGAUGCCGGCAGCGAGUUCUCCCUCUUUGAGGCCCUGCGCGAAUCCAUCUACUCAGAGGUGGCCACCCUCAUCUCCCAGAAUGAGUCCCGCCCCCACUUCCUGAUCGAGCUGUUCCGGGAGCUGCAGUUGCUCAACUCCGACUACCUGCGCCAGAGGGCGAUUUAUUCCCUUCAGGACCUGGUCUCGAAGUUCCUGACUGAGGACUCGGUCCAUGUCCCCAAGGGUCCAGCAGUAGGCAGUGCGUCCACCCAGCUGCAGCAGCGGCAAGAUCCCCGCACACUCUGGCAGAUGUCUACCACGGCCUCCGAGCACACCCCCAGUGAGAGCAUGAUCACGUCCGAGGAAGACGAGAUCAAGGCCCAGAUCUACCGCACCAACCCCAAGAAGGCAGGCAAGAAGAUGACGGCCCAGCAUUCCAAAGGAUCGCUGGACGCUGAAGAGUUUGACUAUGUGGAGAGCGUGGGCUCGGCCAGCUCAUUGUCCACGCCGCCUUCCUUCAGCCAGGACUUUGGCUUUGCCAACGAUGAGCUGGGUGAUACUGUCAUCCACUUGGACAAGGCGUUGCAGAGGAUGCGGGAGUAUGAGCGUCUCAAGGCAGAAGCCGAGGCCUCUGCGGCCAUCUCCUCUGACGCUUCAGCCUCCAUGGACAAGGCUGCUGUCAGCAACAGCGAGGUGACCAGCAACAGCUCGGCCCAGGACAUGGGCAGCGAGAGCUCUUUCUCUGACCUGCCUUACCCCCGGAUCGACACGCGGCAGCUGGACCUGCAGAUCAAGAACAUCAUGCAGGAGGUCAUCCCGUACCUCAAGGAGCACAUGGAUGACGUCUGCUCACCUCAGCUGCUGGCCUACAUCCGCCGCCUGGUGCUGACCCUGUCCAAGCAGCGGGACGACAGCCGGGAGUUUGUGCGCUUCUUCAACCGGCAGCUGGGCUCCAUCCUGCAGGACUCGCUGGCCAAAUUCUCAGGGAGGAAGAUGCGGGAGUGUGGUGAGGACCUGCUGGUGGACAUCUCGGAGAUCCUCUUCAACGAGCUGGCCUUCUUCCGGCUGAUGCAGGACCUGGACUCGGCCGGCAGCAAGCUGAAGCAGGAGGCGGUGGCCCUCGACGAGGAGGACGACGAAGACGACGAGGAAGAAGAGGAAAGGGAAGAAGAUGACGGAGUAACAGGGACUGAGACAGGGACCGAAGCGGGCACAGCCGCCGAGGAAGAGGGUUCUGACGACGAAGGUAGCAGCUCGGAGGCGGAGUCUGACGCAAGCUCCUCUGAGGAAGCUCAGGAGCCCUCUGCUGGCUCCAAGGCAGCAGCUUCCCCCAAGCCUGCCCAGAAGCCCGCCUUCGAUGAAGUGGCCCUGGAGACAGCUAUGGACAUGGCCACAUCCAGGGAGGCAGAAGAACUGGGAAAGACCAGAGAUGAUGACUUGGCUCGCAAGUUGGAGGCAAGCGACCGAGACGAAGACAGUGAGAGUGCUUUAAGUAAAGACCAAGUUAAGAUUGAGUUGUCAAUGAGCGAGACAAAUGCUGUCACGUAUCUUGGCAGUGGCGAGGAUGACGACGAAUAUGAUGAGCUCAGUGCUAGAGAGGACGAGACCAUUACGAGCAUAGGGGCUGCAACUGCUCAGGAAAACAACCAGAGUUCAGAACCAAGUGCAGAGCCAGACUCCACCCACAUGGCCACACCAAAGGCAGAAGGCAAUGCUGAAGACGACUCAGCCACGACCGGGCCAGAAAGGGAACCCCAGGCCCAACCCCCGGAUGCCUCUGGCCUGCCCAAUGGGAGCAUGGAGGCCGACGACGAGGAGGUCACCAUUGAUGACCUGCCGCCCAAGAUGACCAGCCUGGCCGAGGUUGAUAUUAACAGCAAAGCGUCGGAGGAACAAGCCCCCUCUGCAGUCCUACAGAGCAUCAUUGACACCAUCGUCUCAGGGGAGGCGGCCCUUGCUGGCGACCCCACAGCCUUGAAGGAACCGCCCACGGCCAACGGCGCUCCCGUCUUGACAAGUGGGGGCGGUGACGCAACAACGCAGGAGGCUACCAGACUGGACGCUGUCCAACCAGACGCCGUCACAGACGUCCAAGAGAAUGGUACGUAGUCUUUGGAGAGUUGCUUCAAGGUUGAAACCCGUUUGUGUCAAACACUCCAGCAUCAGUUAUAAAUUGCCCGGACCCUUUGAAAUUCUCUACUUGGUUCCAAAGAUCUUCCAGGAUUGUAGGAAGGUUGAUCCCAGUCACGCCCUCGGGAAUAUAUUUUAGCACUUGUAGAAUUUAGGUUUAAGAACGAGAGGAGACAGUUUUAUUCUUAAUAAAGGGCUGCAUGGUUGCAGUUUUCAGCAGUGUGAUAAUUGUGUCACAUUGCUGAUAAAUAUGAGGUACGAAGCACAAGACAGUGUCAGGGACAUUGACAGCAUUAAUGGUGGUGUGUUGAGAGAUUACGGAUUGUAAGCAUUCCAAAUCCAUUCAAAUUCGCUGGGAGUUGUUUUGUAAGAAUUAGGUAAGCUAGAGCCCCUUCAUUUUUAACUCUACACGGGGUUGUUGCUCCUUGAAGCGUCACGUGCAAAGAGCGUGCCACUUCACUUGGAUUCCUGCAGCGUAGUGGAUUUUGGAGGUGUUUGCUGAAGGCCCCUAGUAAUGGAGCCCAGGGAGUUAUUGUUGCAUUUCAAUGGCGUCGUGUUUCCCAUCACGCUGUCACGUUUGUGAGUUGUGAGCUGUAAGUGAAAGCUUGGUACGGUUUUGAAGCACUGUGCCGCAGUGUAAAACCAGAGCAAAGCUGGUUUUGCUGCUUGAGAGUUCAAAAGCUUGGGAAACAUGGCGCGAUUGGACCUCUGCAUCAGGUUGUAAGUAAUUUUCCUCUUCGACCUACAUUCAAGAGCAGUUGUAUUGAGAAUUUUGUAAUUUAGUUUGUUUAUGCUACAGUGUUUAACAAAAUACUGGCCAAAAAAAAUAUAUGUGCCUGUACCAAAGCAGUUACAGUUUGAUGGUCUAUGAAAUGUUUGAGGAGUUAUUUGAAUUCCCUGUGUGUUCUGUUUGUUAAUAAUACAGUCCAUUCUUUGAAGAGAAAUGUAUUGCUGUAAACUAUUCCUAUGCAUUUGGAGGGGAAAAAUGUUUCACAUUCCUUUUUUCUACACCGUUUGUGUGACGUUGGUUUCUGACUUCUGUCAGUUAACCACCUGUUAACCAAAUGUAAAAAAUUGGUGCCUCAGCGGUGUGAGCAUGUAUGAAAAAGUAGAAUUUGUAAAUUACGGCAAAGAAAAAAAAAAGAUAAAAGCUGAUAAAAAUUCUAACCAAAAAUACUUAUUAAAAAAAAUUGCUUUUUGAGUACAGUCUGUAUAUGGUGUGAAGCCUUAUUCCAAGCCUGUGUGUAUGUAGUGGAAAACUGUACAGAUCAAUCCAGUGCUAUGUAAUGUGGAAGUCUUUGCAGGAAAAAUCUGAUAUGAUUAGAUCCCGUCCAUUCAGACAAGGAAAUCUAAUUGAAGUUGCUGUUGUAAAAUUGUAAAGAAAAAAAGACUAUUGUCAUUUGUCCUGUGUUUGUCUGCGGAAGUGAUUAUAAGACUAUAAAAUUGUCUUUUAUAUUGUAUUCAAAACAUUUUGUAUGUCACUUUGCAUGUUGAAAAGGGGGAAAAAUGUUUGAUAUGCUCAAGAAACUUGACUGCCGUAUUUCUUUUAGUUAUUCCUUCAGAUGUGAAGUCGUGAACACUCUGUUUGCUAUUGCAAAGCAGUUGCUGCAUUUUUUACACAAUCUGACAUGUAUGCUUAUAGGACACGUUCCAUAUAUUAACAGAGGGCUUUCACAAUAAAAUAGAUAAAGUUGAAAUGUUGCACUGAAAACUAUAAAAUGAAGCAAUUGUACAUGUGUAUUUGUGAAUGAUGCAGAGAGAACACGUGUACAUUGGUAUACCGACUCGUUGGACUAUGCUUUGGGCAGUAGAACGUAAAUUAAAUUGAUUUACAUCCAUGUUUAGAUGUAAAGUUUCUUUUUUGUUCUUGUCUCACCCUCAGUAUUGAGAACUGGCUAAUUAGUACUGUCGACUCUCAUACCAAAGCUGCAGGGACCAGACAUAUUACCUUGUAAUAACCAGGACUUGGUGAUAAAAGGAGUGGAAAAACAAAGAAAAAACAUACGAAACCAAGAAAUUGGGAUUCUUGAAAUCUGUUCUUUGUAACAUUAUUUUGUCAUAACGGUGUUCUUUAUAACGAGAGUUGACUGUAUAAAUUUGGGCAGCUGAUUUGUGAUGACUGACCAUUGUGCAAACUUUAAUGGUUCCCGGUGUUCUGGAGUAAAUGUCAUUUGUAUCUUGCUUGAGCUGAAAAAAAAAAUUUAACUGCUUGGAGUAGAAAUGACCAGAGAUGUACAUGUAGAAAUGUACAGAAAUUUGCCAACCAGAAACAAGUGUUCAUGUGGUCUUGUUUUCAAGACGUUAGUGCUUGAUAGCGGACACCGUGCAUAGUGCGCCCCCAACGACUCAUAAUUAGACUGUGCACCAGCUCACACUAACUAGUUGUGGGAGGGCACUCCUUAGCAGAAAUAAAACAACUAUGGAUCACUGACGUCUUGGGCCAAGACUAGUGUUCAUGUGGAUCUAAUGUGAGGUUGGAAUAAAUUAUUCCUGCUAGUCAUUGUCUGCUGUAUAAUCCAAACCUCUCAUAUUUUGUGUAAUUGAUAGUUGAUUGAUGCGUUUGAUUUCCACGAGUGUUUUAUAGUUAUGUUGAGCUUUAUAGAACUUCCAGAAUAAAAUUAAACAUUGUUGUGUUGGGGAUUUAACCAAAGGUUUUGUUUCUCCUCUUAAUUUUCAGUUUACAGAAGAUUAAUUUUUGUUUCUUAGAUGAAUGUAUGGAUUACAUUUUUUUCCAGUGUGCAAUGUUCCUCUAGUUUAUGAGAACAAGAAAGUUUCUAGGUCUGGAGUUAAGUUCUUUGAAAAGUUACUUUUGGGAAAAAGUUAGAGAGGAUUGGUACUCACAGUUUAUGUGAAGAAGUGUUGACUUUUCAAAAAAAAAAAAAAACUUGCAGCCAAAAUUUGCUGGAGUUGAACAAUUUCAAACUGUAGCAGAAGAUUUUGCUGUGGUGUUGUAAGUCCACACCUGUUUCACGUGGAAACUGGUGUUGAGCGAAGUUUGGACUCUCAUAAAAUUGGGUUCUCAGUGCACCUGUUAUCAUUGUUGUUGUACCAAGUCAAGUGCAUUGUGACAAGUGAGUCCAUCCCUCAUGGGGUGAAAAUUUCACCUUACAGCACUUAUAUAAUUUAAGGAUUUUUCUUCUUAAACCUGACACUCCCAAGUCCUCCAGAAUUCAUCAGGUCCCAACGGAAAGUGUAGACUGGUCACCUAAGUAUACAAAAAUGUAUGUGUUAUCCUUAAGGGAUUAAAAUGGGAAUUGUUCAGUACAUUUGUGAAGUCCAUGAAAAGGAGAGAUUUUUGUCGACUUAACAACAUUGCUCUAGCAGUUUUGUAGAAUCAAAAUGUGAAUAUCAUCUGGAAAGGAAAGUGUGUGCAGAGAGAGCCUGGAGUGGAAUUUUACAGGGAAAAAAAUAUUGGAAUUGCAUAAACAUCUGUGAAUGGUAUAGAACCGAUGAUAUGUUGUAAACGUAUAUUUCUGGUUCUCAUUUGUAAUGAGUGCACAAGAAAAUGUGUCAGUUAUUUACUUUUAGGUGCCUUUUAAUAUUCAAAUACAUGGAUGGUCUCGGUAACAGUUUACUCGUGCAGAAUCAAGUACUCCUUUACUGUAGCAGCGCACUCUGUGGCCUGAUUUGCUACCGUGUGGGCUUAGGCAGCAAGCCAGACUCUUGCUGUUUGUCACACGGGGGCUCACUUCACAAGGAAACCCGUCGUUCAGUUCAUCCAUUGGGUACUGAAGUUGCUUCGAGUCUGCGAAGUAAUGGAUAAGAGGACAUACAGAAAUUUGCUACAAUGCCACUAGUAUUGUGUUAAAGACCAAACAGAGAUAUGAUACCCCCCAGCUUGCCACCCUGCCGGGCUUUUAUACCCAAACAGUGACGUGUGGUUUAUCUCAAUUUGCGAUGUACAGAAGCCAUUGAAAUGUAUAGAUCUGUGUCAAGUUUCUCAUUUGUUUGUAAACAGAAAUCGUUCCAUGUUUGCUCUCCACAGAACUCAUUGGUAUGUGAUGCAGAAGGGAGGGAAUCAGGUUUGUUUGUAGUAAUGGCUGUGAAUUUUAGCCGUUUUGUGGAAUUUUUAUGAAAUGUUAACUUCUGUUUGAUAGUUGUACAGGCAACCGUUUCCUGAUGUUCUAUGUACGACUGUUUUCCAUUCAUAUGAAUUGAAAACCAAAAAAAUUUAGGUGUCAAGGUACAAUCCAGCGGUAUUUAUUCACAUGAUUGCUUGGUAUGGAUUCUUUUCUAUGCAAUAUAUCCAAGCAUGUGCCACAACCUCACAGGAAAUAGUGCAGUCAACACCCCACACCUGACUGAUCUAUCAUGAACACUGGUCUCCAAGGCAUCACUGCAAUAAAUUCUGCCAAAUUUCACUGUAAAACUCCCCCCCCUUGUCUUGUGGCACGAAAUAUAUUAUGAGCGCAAAAAUUUCCAGGAAGAAUUAAUCUCAAUACAAUGGCAUGGUUUGACCCGAAUGGCUGGCUAGUGUUUGCUCAGCAAUUAAGCCUGUCAGCUGUAUCUGUUGUGUUGAACUAGACCAUCCUCGUGAAGUGGGCUAAAGUGACUCCAAUCGGUCGAGCGUCGACGAGACCGGUUGCCAGGCGACCGCUGUUUAGCGGACCCCAGAAAGUAUGCAAUUGCUGCCACCAUUCCAUAGUUUGCUCUCGGUUGGCUUACAGGGGCAUGUCCGAUGACUGCACUUUGAAUAGAUAACUGAUUGUAUCCAGUAUCAAUUCGUGUAGACUUUGUCACCGAGAUUUCUUUUUCUGGCCUUUAUUUUCUGUUUGUGCUACACGUAUGGAUUCUGUAACGUUCUAGAUCUUAGUGCCUUUUUCUGUAAGAUACCUUGUCACUGCAUUUCCGAGUUGAAUAAAAUAUCUGUACAGAUGUGUUUUUGCUUUCCUACAAAUAAAUAUGAGAUUUGAGUUGAAA